AUGACUAAGGUGUACAUUACAUGGUGGACUUCAGCAGGAUGGAAGCGUAUACCCAUAAUUCCAAAGUUCCUCUCUAACCAUAUCGACCCAAGCGCACCUCUAUUUGUUUUCGGGGAAGUAGUACUUGACGUCCUUCGACUCAGUCAAGCCAUAGGGAUUCACUUGAUUCAAUGGCACGAAGUCAAGGAUCCAGAAAGUCAGCUUGUCGAUGAUCUUGGUUGUUGGCCUGUCUGGGAAACCGUUCAACAGCACAUUGAGAUUCCCGAACCACGACAAAUUCCCUCCCUGAACCUGCUCAAACUCGCACUAGGUUUCCAUUCCUCCAGACGAUCACAUAUUAUGCUCCGAUUUCCUUUACUAAUAAGCGCCCAUCAUACAAGCCAACUCCUCCCCAUUCUGUACCUGAUCACGACGCAUCUUGAUAGCAUUGGGUCCUUCAACAGGUGCCAACUACCCUCCCAUAAUAUACCUGCCCUUCAACUCAAGGCCCUCCACCGGCAGGAGGUGAAAAAAACUCUCAUAGUCAAGGUUUCGAGUGGAGGCAGCUCAAAGAUCAUCAUUGUACCUGCCAGUGGCCAAGACAUCCUGGCCUUGCGGACAAUCGAGUUGGUCAGACACCUGGAAGGCGAGUUCACCCACCGCUUUGCAACAGGGAUGACCGAUCGUCGUGUGGACUCUGUGAUCUUUGAUGGAGCAUAUAUCAACAUUUGUAGGUCAUUGAAUCCAGCGUGUUUCUACUCUGAAGCCAACAAGAGCAAAAUGUCCCAAACCGUCUCAUCAUUUCAAGUCCUUUGA